AUGACUGGAAUUGUGCGCUUCGCACGACUAAUAAAGAAUGUGACAAGCGCCAUCGAUCAACCCUUGUUCGAAAUACGAGCCUGGACCGAUUCCGAGGUUGCACUGGCCUGGAUCAAUAUAGGUGCAUCCCGAUGGAAGAACUUUGUUGCCAACCGAGUGGCAGAGGUCGUAACAUAUUUACCAGCAAUCAGCUGGGGUCAUGUCGACACGCAUCUCAACCCUGCAGACUUGAUCUCACGUGGGAUGAUACCGGAACAGCUGAAGGACAAUAAGCUCUGGUGGGUUGGACCGCCUUGGAAUACUAAAUCAGGACAUGACACGGCAAGCAAACAACUGAACACAUCUCAACAGCAACAAAUCAACAGAUACUAUCCAAACCUUCAGAAAAUGCUUCGAGUCACUGCCCGCAUGCUGCGUUUCCGUUGUCGGGAGUCAAGGCAAACCACAACAUUAACUCCCAAGGAGUUGAAUCGUGCCCUGGAAGUCUACCAAAAGCAUGGUCAACAGCAACAUUAUUAUGAUGAACUUCAACGUUUGCAUCAACACAAAGACGUAAAACGUCAAAGUACACUGUUUCAACCUAAACCGUUCCUGGAUGAAAGGGUACUUCUCAGGGUGGACGGUAGAAUUGAGCAAUCAAAUCUACAAUAUGACACUAAGCAUCCACUGUUACUACCACGUAACUCCAUCCUAACUUUUCUCGUGCUGCAUCGUGAUCACAUCAUGCACCAUCAUUGCGGACCGCAAACACUGCUAGCAGUAUCUCGAAGACGGUUCUGGAUUAUACGUGGUCCCAGCGUCGCUCGCAAGGUCUAUCGUCAGUGCAUUGUCUGCGCUCGGGCUAAGCCGGCCCCGAUCUACCAGCAAAUGGGGCAGCUGCCUGCAGAUCGCGUUCAGCCACAUCCACCGUUUCUGAUUACCGGCGUUGAUUAUGCUGGUCCAGUGAGCAUCGUUGGGCGCGGAGCACGUGGUGGGGUGCCGAGCAAGGGAUACAUUGCACUGUUCGUGUGCUUCUCAACAAAGGCGGUUCAUCUGGAAGCAGUAUCGGAUCUCAGCACUUCCGCAUUCUUGGCAGCGUUCACUCGGUUCUCCAGUCGCUACGGACUUUCAGCCAAAAUGUUUUCAGACAACGCAACAAAUUUCAGAGAUGCCUCUAAGCAACGCCAAGAGCUCUACCGCCUCAUAAAUUCCGCAAACCACAACCAAUUGGUCGCCAACUUCUUGGCAGAUAAAGGUGUAGUCUGGAACUUCAUACCCGCUCGGUCACCACACCACCGUUGA